AUGGACAAAACAGCUCGACAGACCAGGAAAAAGAUGGAGAUUAGCAGCCUAGUGUAUUGCCAAUCCUUAGCGAGAAAGACAAAUCAUAGGAAAGUUCUGACCAUGUUCCAUUGCCCUCCCCUUCGCAAUAAGAAACACACCCUGGCGACCGAGCCCUUUCAACCUAUCUUGAAGGUGCUAGCCGACCUCGAACGCGAUGAUCUUCCCGCAGCUCGACUUGUCGGACUCUAUCGACGCCUAUGGGAGUCAUGCGUGUCCAAGCACAUUGAUGGCGAGAAACUAGAGCAAAAUAAUCAAAAGUUGAAGGAGACUAGCAUGAAAUUAAGCAACGAGAGAGACGGCCUCCAGCUUCUCCACGACAAGCAGCUGCCUCGACUGCUCUAUAUUGAGGAGGUAUUGGAAGCAUCUCGGGAACGGCUGAUUAGCCUGCUCGAUGACUGGAACCACCCUUUCAGGCCCAAUCUGACAGGGUUGCCGGAUGUUGAAAGAGAAGUGUGA